AGUUUAUACUUCGUAGUUACUUUUUUUUUUAGUCUGCGUUAUCUCUGAUGUAAGUGUUACUUUUUUUCUCACGCUUUUGAGUUUUUGAACUGUGACAGUUGUGGCUUUUCCGAGGGUCAGUGAACGCGGCGGCAGCAGCUCAUCUGUUGGACGGGGAAACUAAUCAGGAGACUUUUCCACAGCUACGAGGCCAAGCUCGCCUCUAAAAGUCAGCCGUCCAAAACACAGACCUGGUUUCAGAAAGUGCACCGUCUCCUAUGUGUAAUGUAACAGUUAAAAAAAAUGCUUUAGAAAGAAGAGUUUUUCGUCGCUGAAAGUAACCAGAGUGGCUCAUUAAAGCGCGGAGAGUGGAGGUGAGAAAAUGGAGCUGGACGACGACGCGGUGCUGUACCAGGACGACUCCGGCCGCUCCGCCGCGAUGUCCGACCGGGUGUCGGGGCUCGCCAGCUCCAUCUACCGCGAGUUCGAGCGGCUCAUCGAGAAGUACGACGAGGACGCGGUGAAGGAGCUGAUGCCGCUGGUGGUGGCCGUGCUGGAGAGCCUGGACGCGGGCUUCGCCUCCGGCCAGGAGCGCGAGGUGGAGCUGGAGCUGCUGCGGGAGGACAACGAGCAGCUGGUCACGCAGUACGAGCGGGAGAAGUCCCGCAGGAAGCACGUCGAGGAGAGGUAUAUCGCCUUGGAGGACUCCCAAGACGGCGAGAAGAAGGAUCUUCAGUGUCGACUGGUGACGUUGGAGUCUCAUACACGUCAUCUAGAGAUGAAAACUAAAAACUAUGCAGACCAGAUCGGCAGAUUUGAGGAGAGGGAAGCAGAACUCAAGAAGGAGUACAAUGCUCUUCAUCAGAGACACACUGAGAUGAUCCACAGUUAUAUGGAGCACCUGGAGCGGACGAAACACCUACAUGCAGCAGGACCAGCAGAGCCUUCAGAUACAGGCACAUCAACAAAAACACGGAAGCAGCGCCCCAUCUCCAUAUUCCAACUUCCUGCGAGUGAUGGUGUGACCCCCGAACUCCACAGAGAACCCGUUGACACGCCAUUCGAGCCGUGGAGAUUCAACAACCUUAGCCAUCCACGGUCCAACACCAGCCUCAAGUUUGAUGAACCAUUUCCCCCAAAAAGAGAGAUUGGUGGAAGUUCACAGGAGAAUUAUCCCAAUCAGGAAGCUGAUGAGUGCCAGGAUGAAUUGGCCCACUUGAACUGUGGCAGCUCCAAGCCUGGCACACCAACCAACCAGCGAAACGCUUCAAAAAGUGGAACUUCUGCAUCUGUAAAUGAGGGAGGGUCUAAACCCAACACUCCCACAUCCUCUCAGGUUGAUAAUUCAAAAUUAAACUCGCCCACAUCGACACACAGCCGUAAUUCUAAAGGCAAAGCACCGCUAUCCACCGAUGAUGUGUCCAGUCUGGGACAAAAGCCUGGUUCUACACCGCUGUCUACUGCUGCCGCCGGUGCUGCCACCGGUGUUGCCGCCGGUGUUGCCAUGGAAUCUGUGGACAGAGCUCUACAGGACGAGGAAGCUUCAGAGGGGCUCGACAAGAACCUGGACUAUCAGACGGGCAAGCCAGAGGGCAGUAAGAACAUAGCAGGAGUGCAGGACGGACAGCAGGAUCAGCUUGGACGUGACGGCCAGGGGUCGGAGGUUAACGCUCUGAACAAUGAUGAUGGGAUGGACGACUUGGAGAAAUCUGAGGUGCAGGCUAUCAUAGAGUCUACUCCGGAGCUGGACAUGGACCUUGAUGGCUGCAGAGGCACCAGCACACCAGUUAAAGGCGGCAUCGAGAAUCUAGCGUUCGACCGUAACACCGACUCUCUGUUUGCCGAGCUCUCGUCUGCAGGAAACGACCUCAUAGGAGACGUGGACGAUGGCGCCGACCUGCUGGGUAUGGGUCGGGAAGUUGAACACCUGAUCCACGAGAAUGUCCAGCUCCUGGAAACCAAAAAUGCUCUGAACGUGGUCAAAAAUGACCUGAUUUCUCAAGUUGACGAGCUGUCGUGUGAGAAGGUGGUUCUGCAAGGAGAGCUGAUUGCCGUCACUCAGGCCAAGACCAAACUGGAGGAGAAGAACAAAGAGCUGGAAGAUGAGCUCAAGAAGGUCAAAGCAGAGCUGGAGGAUGCCAAACAGAAGGUCAAGAUAGACAACGAUGAUGAUAGUGACGUUCCUACUGCGCAGAGGAAGCGAUUCACCAGGGUGGAGAUGGCCCGAGUCCUGAUGGAGAGGAACCAGUACAAGGAGAGGCUGAUGGAGCUGCAGGAAGCUGUCAGAUGGACGGAGAUGAUCCGGGCCUCAAAGGAGACUCCCAAUCUUCAAGAGAAGAAGAAAUCCAGCCUCUGGCAGUUUUUCAGCCGUUUAUUUAGCUCAUCGGGCGGAGCGGGCAAGAAGCCAGGCGGGGAGGCCCCAGUGAACGUCAAGUACAACGCACCCACCUCUCAGGUUCAGCCGUCCGUCAAGAAGAAGAGCAGCACCCUGCAGCAGCUGCCCAGCGACAAGAGCAAAGCCUUCGAUUUCCUCAAUGAGGAACCUCCGCCUGAAAACACCAAGUCCAUCCGCCAACAGAAGAGGGCGCAGUACCAGCAGGUCAAGGCUCACGUCCAGAAGGAGGACGGCAGAGUUCAGGCCUACGGCUGGAGCUUACCUAAGAAAUGCAAAGCCAAUGGGGGUCAGACAGAGAACAAAAUGAAGAACCUGCCGGUUCCCGUCUUCCUCAGACCUCUGGAUGAGAGAGAUCCUUCCAUGAAGCUGUGGUGUGCUGCUGGUGUGAACUUAUCUGGAGGGAAAACCAGAGACGGAGGUUCGAUAGUGGGGGCCAGUGUGUUUUACAGUGACGUUUCGGGUCCGGAGAGCCCUAAGAAGAAGGCGGGAUCUCAGAGCAGUCUGGAUAAACUGGAUCAAGAGCUCAAGGAUCAGCAGAAGGAGUUCUGGCAACAGGACGAGCUGUCGUCUCUGGUGUGGAUUUGCACCAGCACCGAGUCCAACUCUAAAGUUGUUGUCAUUGACGCCAACCAGCCCGGGAACAUCUUGGAGAGCUUCUUCAUUUGCGACUCGCAUGUCCUCUGCAUCGCUAGCGUACCAGGGGCGAGAGAGACGGACUACCCGGCUGGAGAAGAGGUAUCUCCCAGCUCUGAGGCGGGACCCGGGGCAGAUGGCAGCUUAUCAGAAACCACUAACGGCUCAGCGGACGGUGACAGCGUUCUUGGAGGCAUCACGGUGGUCGGCUGUGAGGCAGAGGGAGGAACUGCUGUUCCUCGCACAGCAGACAGUCCAGAAUCCAGACCAGCGGAGGAAGCCACAGAAGCAACAGAGACGGACGUAGGACCUUCUGACCGCCGGGAAGGCCUGAGGGGCGUCUACACAGAACACGUCUUCACAGAUCCGCUGGGAGCCAAGCAGGCGGGAGAGACUCCAGCCAACUACACGCAGAAAGAGAGCGAUCUGCUGAAAGACGGCGUGAGUUCCAACCCCGACCAGGAGGAGCAGGACCUGAUGAUUGAAGAGGCUCAGAAGAUGAGCAGCGUUCAGCCCACCAUGUGGCUCGGGGCUCAGAAUGGAUGCGUCUACGUCCACUCCUCCGUGGCUCACUGGAAGAAAUGUCUCCACUCUAUAAAGUUGAAGGAGUCUGCGCUCGGCAUCGUACAUGUGAAAGGGCGCGUCCUGGUCAGUCUAUCUGAUGGCACAUUGGCCAUUUUCCACAGAGGAGUAGAUGGACAGUGGGACCUGACCAACUACCACCUGCUCGACCUGGGGAGGCAGCAUCACUCCAUCCGCUGCAUGACUGUAGUGCAUGAUAAGGUCUGGUGUGGCUACAGGAACAAGAUCUAUGUUGUUCAACCCAAAGCCAUGAAGAUAGAGAAAUCAUUCGAUGCUCACCCACGCAAGGACAGCCAGGUGCGUCAGCUGGCCUGGCACGGCGACGGCAUCUGGGUGUCCAUCAGACUGGACUCCACUCUCAGGCUGUUCCACGCCCACACCCACCAACACCUCCAGGAUGUCGACAUCGAGCCCUACGUCAGCAAGAUGCUCGGUACGGGAAAACUGGGCUUCUCGUUUGUCAGGAUCACGGCUCUGACGGUGUCAUGCAACCGUCUGUGGAUUGGGACUGGGAAUGGAGUUAUUAUCUCCAUCCCUCUGACGGAUACAGCCAAUAAGGUGAGCAAAGGAGCCGGUAGCCAUCCAGGGGGGGUGGUCCGCGUGUACGGAGACGACACCGGCGACAAGGUGACAGCCGGGACCUUCGUUCCUUACUGCUCCAUGGCUCACGCUCAGCUUUGUUUCCAUGGUCACCGGGAUGCUGUCAAGUUCUUCACUGCAGUUCCAGGUCAUUCAGUUCCAUCUGCAUCUUCUGCAGGAGACUCAUCUGGAGAAAAGACGGCGGACGCCACAACUCAGGAAGGAAGCAAGUCCAUGUUGGUGAUGAGCGGAGGAGAGGGCUACAUCGACUUCAGGAUGGGCGACGAGGACGGCGAGGCGGAGGAAGCCUCCAUGACCCUGCAACCCUCCCUGGCUAAAGCGGAGCGCAGCCACCUCAUCGUCUGGCAGAUCUUACUCGACGAGGACUGAGCGCGGGCCUUUCAAGGUCCGAUCUGCCUUUCCCUGAAGCUGCAGCUGCAGAGGAGCUGAAGGCGACCCGCUCUGCAGGCGCAGCUUUAAUCAGCACUUAUUUUCUGCUUCCUCAGUCCUGAACAAUAAGAGUGAAACAAGAAAAAAACAAACUGCUCUGUGAGCUUUUUCUCAGUGAUAACCUUGGAUGCAUGUUAACUUUUUUUAAUUUUUAUUAUUAUUAUAUUAUUAUGAUUAUUAUUAUUAUUAUUAUUUCAUGGAUUUGAAACAAUCUGCUAUCAUCCCUUCUGGUAUUUUGUUUUUAUUUGAGGUGAAGGCGUCUUUGAGGACGGGAUCUUUAGCUUUUUCUUUCCUCCCGACGUUCGUGACUCCCUCCGCUCGAACCGGUCGUGGUGUGUUCGUACGGGACAAAGUUCGCGGUGAAACCGUGCUUCAAAUCAGCUCUGCUGUUGGUCUUUAAGAAUGUACAUCAGGAGUCAAUCAUGUAGGAGUCCAGCCAACAUCACGCCCUCUCACCCGCUCGCUUCACGGUUCACAACUUUGGCAGUUUAAUCUCCAGGUGUGUUUGGGUUGGAAAACAAUAUGCCACAUUAAUCCAGUUGGCGUUUGUUUCAGUUGAGGAUUUUUUUUAUUUUUUUUUAAUUAAAUAUUUAACAUUUAGUUGUGGGAGCCCAGUUUGUGCCUCGAGGUGAAAGUCACAGAUCAGCAUUUCCUAAAAACAGAGAAUAAGAGUUUUUCAAACAAAACAGCUGCCAAUAUUUUGCAGGAAGGUGACAGUGAUUUGUGAUGUUUUUUUUUUUUUUUUUCUUUUUCUUUGGCUACCUUUGAUAGUUGCUGGAAAAUGAAUCAAGAACUUGAUUCAUGCAUCGUGAAUAGUCCUUUUAAAUUAAAAACCCUGUUGAUGAACAGACGGAAUCCUGCAUAGACAUGGUGACUUUUUAGAUCUUUAUCGAAAUACUUCAACGCUCAUAGAUGCUGUAAUCUGUGACCAGACUUGUUUUGUGUUUCGUGAUGAUUGAUUGAUUGAUUCUCACGCAAACGCACCUGCGAUGCACAUGAAACCACUCAGAAUCGACACCCCCAAGCCCACUUCACAGUAAAACACUACUAACUAGUUAUAAUCCAAUAGUUGAUAAAAAGGGCAAGUCACUUGCCAAAUAGUGAUCCCUUCAUAUUCUUUUCGCUCAUCUUUUAACUAAACCAAAUAUCAGCGCUUAUGCUGUCUGCUCGAUCAUUAUCUUCAGUAAUAAAUGAUCAUAUCUCAUCCAUGCUGAUGCUGAUACCACGAAUGUAAGAGUUAAAAAGGUUUCUGGUAACCAAGGUUAGCCUUAUUGAUGAUCCUAAACUCAAUCACCUUUCAUACAUGAGUUACCUCCGUCUAUAAUAUAAACUACAGAAUAAUAGAUUGAUAGAAUGAUGAUCGGUAGAUCUGUGUGGAUCAUUCUUAUGUGACAUACUCGACAAGUGAUUGGAUGCUGAUAACCUAUAAAAUGGUCUAUUUUCAUCUCAAAGACACAAUCAAGCUUAUAAUUACCCGUCUAGUUGAUCUCAUAGAUUAUUGCUCGUUCUCUGACUUGAACGUGACACCAGAGGUGCAGGCUGGAGCUCCACAACACGCGCUGUGCUGCGUACCUUCUUGAAGCCGAGUUAGCAGUACGAAGGUUCCUGCUGUCUAGUUUUCUCAUCCAAAAACAAGAAAAACGGUCAAAAGUAGGUGUAUGGCAGUAAAUGAGGUUGAGUGGUCACAGCAGCCGUCUGUAAAUGAUCCCCUAACUGUAGCAGAGUAGCGGUUAUGCUCCACCUACCUGCACAUUUACUAUUUUCAUUGAACAAGUCGAGGCUCUGUGCUGGUUUACAGCAUCGUCGAGAUCUAAUAGAUGAUGGGACUCGUCCGCUGACAGAACUAUUUCUGUUGCCUGAUCAGCAACGAUGGCAGCGUUCAAUCAUCCGGCUUGUUAACGGCUCACAUCCUCGGGUCCUUCUUCUAAAAGGCUUCCUGUUAGAAACCCCCCGCAGAGUUGUGUUGAAUGUAUCGCUAGAUUAGGAGCAGGCCGUCUGUCCUCUGCUCUCCAUCCACCCACCAGCUCCACUUUAGACACUUUAAGAAAAUGCCUUAGAUACCGAGGUUUGAAGAGAGUGAAAGGCUUCUCAAGCGUGACAGAGUAUUUAUUUAUUUUUUUCUCAGAAGAGUUAUUUUCCGUCUGCUACCAAAGGUUUAAGACCGAUAAUUGGCCGGGAGCUGAAACGAUAUCUAACGAUGUGUCGCCUCCGUGUAAAUAAAACGCAGGUUUUUUUAUAACAGAAAUCCUAAAGUAACAAUAGGAUAUAUUUUUAAACUUUCAUAUUCGGGGGAAAAAUGAACUAUUUUUGGAUGUGUGAGAGAACGUGCUUGGACCUGAAGAUUGUUCAUCUCGACAUUUACGGGACAAAAAUUUGAUAGUUGACCUGUUUGGUUUGCGGCCUUUACACAAACUCGUGUGUAUAAUCUGAGACACCCGCCCACCCAUGACGGCGAACUGAGGAAAAGGUUUCACUUCUCACCAGUUUUUACGUGUAAAAAAUAGUUUUAUUUUAUUUAGAUUAUCCUCUCAGAGCAAAGUGGGGAAGGAAAUGUUCUUUUGGCUGUAUUGGAGACCAUCUCUCUUGCAUCUGUGUUCGACUGCACUGCAUCUGUGUUUUGUUCUUUUUUUUUCCCCCAGAAGUCCUUGUUCUCACCAUGCAUGAGUGUGGAUGUGUCUUCUCUCCAGGAGAGAAGAGAAAUAUUAUUGCAGUUUAGCCAUUACAGUAUUUAUUUACAGUGAUUGAGCCUUUGCAAUUGAGAAUGUAUCUUUGUACAAUGAACAUAAAUGGUUGUAUGUGUAUGAAACA